UUGGGGGGGGGGGAACCAACCCAAAACACAACACAACAUCAGGUCAGAGCGGGGGGCUCGGUGGUACUAUAAAACCCCCCCAAGACUAUGACUUCCAGUAAAAUUGAGAUGCCAGGGGAGGUGAAGGCAGAUCCUGCAGCUCUGAUGGCAUCUCUGCAUCUGCUGCCUUCUCCCACUCUCAACCUUGAAAUCAAAUACACCAAGAUUUUCAUCAAUAAUGAGUGGCAAAAUUCUGAAAGUGGGAGAAUAUUCCCCAUAUAUAAUCCAGCAACAGGAGAGCAGAUCUGUGAGAUCCAGGAAGCUGACAAGGUUGAUACGGACAAAGCAGUGAGGGCAGCUCGCCUUGCUUUUUCUCUAGGUUCAGUUUGGAGGAGAAUGGAUGCAUCGGAAAGAGGCCAUCUUUUGGAUAAGCUAGCAGACUUGGUCGAAAGAGACAGGGCAAUUCUUGCUACUAUGGAAUCACUGAACAGCGGCAAACCUUUCUUGCAAGCUUUCUAUGUAGAUCUUCAGGGAGUCAUAAAAACCCUGAGGUAUUACGCUGGCUGGGCAGACAAAAUCCAUGGAAUGACCAUUCCUGUAGAUGGAGAUUAUUUUACGUUUACAAGACACGAACCCAUCGGAGUGUGUGGACAGAUCAUCCCUUGGAACUUCCCCCUGCUGAUGUUUGCAUGGAAGAUUGCUCCAGCUCUGUGCUGUGGCAAUACAGUAGUUAUUAAACCAGCAGAACAAACACCACUCAGCGCUCUCUAUAUGGGAGCCCUCAUCAAGGAGGCUGGCUUUCCACCAGGAGUUGUCAAUAUUUUGCCAGGAUUUGGUCCAAUUGUUGGCGCAGCCAUAGCAUCUCAUGUUGGCAUUGAUAAAAUUGCUUUUACUGGAUCCACUGAGGUUGGGAAGCUGAUCCAAGAAGCAGCUGGAAGGAGUAAUUUGAAGAGAGUUACACUGGAGCUGGGUGGGAAAAGCCCAAACAUUAUUUUUGCAGAUGCUGAUUUGGACUAUGCUGUGGAACAAGCUCACCAAGGGGUCUUCUUCAAUCAAGGUCAAUGCUGCACUGCAGGCUCACGGAUUUACGUGGAAGAAUCAAUCUAUGAAGAGUUUGUUAGAAGAAGCGUAGAACGUGCAAAGAGGAGAGUUGUGGGGAGUCCUUUUGACCCAACUACGGAACAAGGUCCACAGAUUGAUAAAAAACAAUACAACAAGAUCUUGGAACUGAUUCAAAGCGGCAUUACUGAAGGAGCAAAACUUGAAUGUGGGGGUAAAGGGCUAGGAAGAAAGGGCUUCUUCAUUGAACCUACGGUGUUUUCCAAUGUAACAGAUGACAUGCGGAUUGCCAAGGAGGAGAUUUUUGGGCCUGUUCAAGAAAUACUGAGAUUUAAAACCAUGGAUGAAGUUAUAGAGAGAGCCAACAAUUCUGAUUUUGGGCUGGUAGCUGCUGUCUUUACAAAUGACAUAAACAAGGCCCUGACAGUCUCUUCAGCAAUGCAGGCUGGGACAGUCUGGAUAAAUUGCUACAAUGCCUUAAAUGCCCAAAGUCCUUUUGGAGGAUUCAAAAUGUCUGGCAAUGGGAGAGAGAUGGGUGAAUGUGGAUUGAGAGAAUAUUCUGAAGUUAAAACUGUGACAAUAAAGAUCCCUCAGAAGAACUCCUAAAAUUACAAAGGACCACGUUGUGCAGAAGAGCACAUGAUGCCACCCUCUCUAUUCCUUAUGGAGACCAACACUCAGGAAUAAAAAGUGUUACACAAUAUAUAUUUAAGAAAUUAAGUUGCAACUUACAUACGGGGCACAUAACUGCAUAUGUAACGCAAACCAACUCUGCAUGUUUUCAUAAAACUCUCCUGAGAAUCGUUACAUCUUUAUAGAUUAAGUCAUAACAACAAACAAAAUUGCUAUUGGGCAUCAUUUAAUAACGGUUCUAGCUAUAAAACUGUUAAAUGCAAAUGCAUGCACACACACAUUUAUCUCUUCUUUAAAUAAACAAAAUAAGUCUUACUGCUUUCAGGUUGCCUUCUCAAACAGACCUGCCCUUGUACUGACAUUCUAGUUUUGACCAGGGCUUUACAAGCCAGAUUUUACCCAAAAUGCUAGCAACGAACAACAUAAACAAGUAUCAUUGAUGUUCUUAAAAAAUAAAAGACUCUGAAUGGUAACAAGCCAAAACAUGAUAUAUUGGCAACUUUCCAAUUAGCACGCUCACAUAAAGAGGUCAAACUGGGGAGGGAAUCAAACCAUUAUAUGGACAAUGAAAUCCAAAUACUUAUCAGUGAGAUUUGGCUUUCAUGACCUGCAGCAAUUUGGUUUCCAAAGCUUAUUUUCAUAAUUACUGUAUGUCUUACUAUAAGCAAAAAAUCGUCCCUCAUUUACAGGAACUUGAAAGGUUUUACCUGCCUGCCAAAAGAGCAUGGCCAGACAGGGUGGGAGGGUGUUAAGGAGAACAGGAACAGAU